AUGUUACCCAAUGAAAUCAGCCUGGAGGAUGCUCGGCAGGACAAUCUCAACAUCGAGAAUGUCCACUCUUCUUUAGCGGGCCUCCCAACUACAGCGCGUUGGUACAUCGACAUCCGAGAUUGGGAAUCCAAUGGGAAGAACCUGCCGCUGUUGGAAUUUCUCCGCCCUGACGAGCAGAAAGCCGUGACAAGGUACUACCAUGCUCCGGACAAACGCAUGUCUUUGGCCUCACACCUCCUCAAAUAUCUAUUUAUCCACCAUGCUUGCGGUAUCCCAUGGAAACACAUCAUCCUCAGGCGCACAGAAAUGCCUGAAAACCGACCAUACUACAAGUCUUCCUCAGACACUCAAGUGGAAUUCAACGUCACUCAUCAGGCAGGGCUUACCAUUCUCGCGGGAACUAUUGCUCCAAGUCCCGAACAAAUGCAAAACUACUCCAUUGGACGAGACUUGCCUGCCCAGCCCCGGCUAGGUAUUGAUGUGACCUGUGUGAAUGAGAACCGCCGCAAAAUUAUCAAGACCAUGCCCGAGUACCUGGAACAUGUAUCCAUUUUCGUCGAUGUAUUCUCAGACCGUGAGCUUGAGAUCAUGAGAAACCCUGCAGCCGCGCUCAACCAAGCUCGAGCACUUGGUCUUGCAAAGGCAUUCGAUGGAUCCAAUACCCAAGAAACGAUCGUUCGAUUCGGAAUCCGUCUAUUCUACUCAUACUGGGCUCUCAAAGAAGCAUACUUGAAAAUGACCGGAGACGCCCUUCUCGCUCCAUGGUUACGCACCCUUGAAUUCUCAAACGUCAUCCCUCCCGAUCCUGUCGAUCCUCUACAGGCCCCGAAACCAUAUGUCUCUCAACCUCCAAAAUUCAUACCGCAGUCGCCCAAGAACUGGGGUCCCCCAUUUGCAGGUGUGAAAAUCACGAAGGCUGGGAAAUCGCUCGAUGACGUUCGCCUUCAGCUUGUCGCAUUCGAAUCCGAUUAUAUCGUUGCGGUUGCUGGUCGGGGUCUCCCGGUUGGUGUUUUCUCGGACAUGAAGUGUAAUGAGGGCCUGCAUCAUCUACCUGCCCAGAUCACUCUGCUUUCUGGAGAUACGAGGGAAGAGUGUUGUAUUCCACUCAGUACCAAGAAAGUUAUUGGAGAUAUGGAUCCGUGGAAUAUUCCAUCGGUGAUCACGGAUCCCUGGCUCCCAAUGCAGGAGGUUGAUGUUGAUAAUGAUAUUCGGGCAUGUGCUGAGGGCCGAUGUGUUCAUCCUGAGAACCAAAAGGCUGUUUUUUCGGGUGUCAUUAUACGCGAUUCGGUGUACAUGUAG